AUGCAGCAAAUGGAUUGUGACGAGGAAGAUGUAGGCUUCGAAGGACGCCUUAUAGCGCCAGAAAUACUUUCAUUACCAGCGAGAGAUGUGCUACGACAUGACAAAGUGAGAGACCCGUUGUCGCUUCGCAUGAACUUGUUAGGCGCUUUGAAAAACUGGCAAGAUGUAGCUGCUUCGCUUGGCUAUGACCAGGACAAUAUCCUUGGUCUCUUUGCACAUCACGAAAGACCUGGAUUAAGGUUACUUGAAGACUGGAUGUACAAAGAGAAUGGAAUUCUCGAGAAACUUGUCUCUGUCCUCGGCGAGUUGCGUAUGCAUAGUUGCCUUGAAGUGGUUUACGAAUGUGUCGAAGGUAAGUUGCAUGUACAUUCAUAGGUUUUUGAAAUUUUACAAGAGUGGCGAAGUAAGAGUAGUCGUUUCUUUGGAAGCUACAGGAAGAACUUGUCUUUUGAGUCAUUACAAGGCAAUCAAGUCGUUUUUUCUGUUUUAUUUUUUGUACAUCGCUCUUUACGUACAUAGCUAGAAUCCAUUCAUGCGAUCAAACAGCACGCUUCAGGCAGAUUUCGUGUACACAGUUCUAACUGUGUCGUUUUAGUAGUACUGUUACCCAAUCAACCGAUUGCUAACUCACGAUUAGUUAUUUCAAACGGUUACGAAAUCAAGUUUAGGGUAUUGAUGUAAAGCCCAAGAAAUAAAAUUAUAUUCAGGGAACGCUCUUCCCACGCAACAAGCUCAUUAAUAUAUUUCGUCUUUGUAUGAGACCAAUGAUUUACCUGUUUGUAGAUGAUUUUUUCAGGCGCAAUUUCCUUUUUUUAUGGUAAGAGGCGUGAAAAACAUUUCCCUUCAUUUUAGGAUUAGUUAUUUAUUUUUUUAUUCCGUGUUUUUUGUUAUUUCUCUAUAACCUUCUGCACAUCGCUUAAGCUAAUAAUAUGUAAAUUUAAUGGCAUGUCGCAUUUUUAAAUUUGAUCAGCAAACUUAACAGGCGAUCGCAGAGUUUUCUUACAUCCUUCUCUCUCUUUUUUUUUCUCUCGAUAUAAAGAAAUUUUCCUUAUGUUUGUUGUAAGUCUUUAUUACUUAAAACAUUAAAUUUCCCUUCAAAGCGACGAUGAAAAUACUAUUCUCUCAUACCCCCUUAAAGAUACGUGCGGGUGGUAAAAUUUUCAAGUUUUUUGUUUAUUAUGCAAAUAACCCUUUUUUUCACGCUACGUAGUCUUCGAUCGAAGUUAGUUUCUCUUAAGUUUAUUGGUGAAGCAAAAGUCAACAUUAACUUCCUUUUGUUAUCAAGUUUUUCUCUUGGUAUUUACAGUAUGCAGGUUAGUUACGGAACUUAAGAUGAUGCUUGCUUUUUCCUACAUCCAAACUGACUCUUCCGCUUGUUUGCUGACAGAUUGACCUCACGCAAUAUGAUCUUGUGACUAUCAAUUUUUUUGGACUAAAUCAAUUGAAAGGAACAUUUCCACUGCCUUUUUAUUAUACGCUUAUUUUAUAACUAGCCGUUUACCAUGUAUUUUUGUUAUACUUAUGUAGGAGCUAACCUGGGAUAAAUAUGUGCUCGAGAAAAGUAUAAUGUAGAUUCCUCUUUUUUUAUUUAAUGCUUUAUAACAGCACAGAAAAGUACACAUAUUGCUGAAACAACAAUGGAAAAAAAAAAGACGAAACCUACAGACUUGUUUAAUAUACAACAACAGAUAAAACUACAGUUACAUGAAAUAACUGGGGUUUAGUUUAGGCUUUACUUCCCUUGACUGCUUGCAUAAUUUUGUUUUGUCAAUAAAAAAGGAAAGGAGGAAUGGGUGGAUGGUUGAACUUUAAGGGGGGACGUAGAGCUAACAAAACGAUUAGUUAGAGGGUAACAGAUGCAAGCCAACAAAUUUAAAGAAGGAAAAGAUUCCAUACUAUUUUUUGUAUGAUCAGUUUCAUGAUUUCAUUUACUUUAUUUUAGAGUAUGAAAAAAGAUCAAGCGUUAGAAAUCACAUUCUAACAGAAGAUGAUGACGACUCUGAUAGGCAGCCUUCAUCUCUGACCAGUGAAAGCAGUGUCUCUUCAGAAAAUCCUUUAGUGUUUACAAUAACGGAUUAUAGCACAGAGCAAGAAACAUCCAUAACAUCAAAUCCCAGUUCAUCAGACUCUGUUAGUGGUAGUAUUGAAACAGACGAUGAGGGCACAGUUAAAGAUUGUAUUUCUGGUGAGCCUCCUCAUGGAAGAGUAUCGAAUGACAAUUGCCAAAGUGCUGAUAGCCUUAAAACCCUUGGGACUGAACUUGAAGUUUUAAAAAGACCUCCAUUGUUGAGUUGUCGAUCCUGGUCACCUGGACGUACCUGUCAAGAGCCUGAUAAUGGUCAGAGAGGUGCGCUCAGCCGCUCUAACUCUCAGCCUGCUGAUACAGACAAGAAAAAGAAGUCCCCUUUUAAGAAAGUAUUUCACAGAUUUUCCAGAAAGUGGAAGAGAGACAAGAAAGAUAAGAGCAAGUCACCAGUUCAAACUAACCGUGAACUAAAUUCAUGUACAUCACUGAACACUGAAGAUUCAAGUAUUGGUACUUCCACAACAGCUGGAUGUACAUCUUUUACUGCUACAAACACUUACAAUGAACCUGCUGAACAAACCUUUGAAAACUUUUCUCCUCUUAAGCUGGAUACAAAAGAGGCUCGCAGGUUGUCUCUUACGGACAGUCUGAGCUCUGGGGAGUCUGUGUCCCAGCCGACAUCGCCAGGCUAUGAGUCUGGAUAUAAUUCAUCAGAAGGUAAGAUAACACUGCAGCAUUACGAAAUUGUUAAUAAUGAAGGCCUCUGUGCAAAAAUGGUCCCUCAGUAAUCUACCAUGUUGGCUUGUGCAUGUGCUCAAGAAAUAAUUUUUUUUGUUACCAAGCAAAAUGACAUGUUGAACCUGAAUGAGAGUGCAAUAUGUUGAUCAUGUAGAACCUUUUGUUUUGGUUUGAGGGUGAUUCCUUCCUUGUUUUAUAGUAUUGUAUGACAAACCAAUAUGUAGUUAAGUAUGAACAGCAAAAGCCAUAACGGUAUAUGAUGUUGUGUGUAAACUUAACUUCGUCUAAAAUCUAAAAUCUUGGUUUUACAAUUUAUUUUGACUUAGAUUAUUUUAGACUUUUCAUUCCAGUGUUUUAGUGCAGGAAAGUUAUGAAAAAUGUUGUAACUGAAUGAAGUCACGCAACAUGCUUUAAGACCACAUAACUUAAUCUUUCUGGUAUCUUUUGUUCUUCUAUUGUCUCCAAAAGGAUCAAGACGUUUUACCAAUUUCCACCUACAAACAAUAGGAGACAUUUAAUUGAUUGACAGAAAAUUUUGCUAUCGACACUUAUCAAUAGAAGAGAUUCCAUAAUGCUCCUUUGGGUGCAGCAACAUUGCUGAGUAUUUUACUUGAAAACUGUUUUGGUUUAGUCAUGUUCUGUAUGCUGCUAAUUUCCUUUUGGAAAUUUUAUUUGUUUUGUAUUUUAUUAUUUUGUUUUUUCUCUGCAGGUCCCUCUGUUAGUUCGGGAAAAUCAAUCUCCAUUAUUCAUUGUUCUGACCAAGAGGGAGAGGCCUUUCAAAAAAAGAUAUUUGAACUGUACGACUACUUCAGUAAAACACUUGGUUAUAAGUGCUACUUGGACAAGUUAGAGGUGGUAAAAAUAGCCGAAAACAUGUUCCGUUACGUGGUGCAGAGAGUGAAACAAAGUGACUUCUUGUUCAUUUGUGUUUCACCGCAGUUAAAGCGCUUAUUUGACUCCUCUGCUGACGAAAUAAGUGAUAAACUCGAAGGUUGGUUUGUUUGUUUUACGUUAUAAUUUCUGUGGAUCAUACAACUUUUCCCUCUUUGUCCAAGUGUACCCUAAUUGUACAAUACAGCAUUAAAAGAAAGGGUUGCCAUAGAAAAAACAUUUUUAGCUACUGACUGUGUUUUUAUCAGAGCACUCUCUUAAUGUCAAAGCUCAACACUGAAAGCUGCCAUUUCAGAUCAUUUCACAUGAUUUUAUUCUAUCCUGGAGAUGACAAAUUGACAGUCCUGGUACCGUUUGUUUAAACAUAGUGCUCUCUACUGGAUAAAUCACUAUCCAGCUUAGAAUUUCUUUAUCCACUGGAUAGAGAUUUAACCAGUGGGUUGUGUUAUCCACCUUUCUAAUAACUGGGCCCUGAACGUUGAAAUUGCAGGAAGGUUUGGACUGAAUGAUGUCAUACUUGAUCCAAAAUGGUGGCUUACAAUGCUGAAUUUUUAUAAUUUUUGGACAAAAGUUUUUUUUAGGAUCAAAUUUCAGUAGUUUGUUAGCUCAGACUAUCCAGAACUGAGCAUGUUGUCAGCAUUAAAACUGUGCUUAGAAAGGUGUAACCUUGUCAUUUAGUAAUGAUUCUCAGGAAAGUCUGAUGUAAAUGUGUAAAGAAAAUCAUGUUGACUUAUUAAAUACAUUAUCUUGCAGAUGAUGAAAGCUGUAUGCUGCGUCUUGCGUCAGAUUUAAUUCUUAAUGACCUUGCUAACAAUGCAGGCAACAGAAAAGGCAAGUUUAUGCCCAUUAUCCUUGAAGGGUCUUCAAAGAAAGAUGUACCUUGCUUGUUGGAAUCAUAUAUGAAGUUUCCGUGGCCAAAGGACGAAAGGAGGAUCAGAUGUAUUAUUGAAGGACAACCAGAGAUUACUCCCGCCCCAGUUUCAGACGUUAGAACUGAUCCACCUUCCCAGGUGGUAAGACCAGCUGAACUUCUUUGA